AUGCCGCUAGAUGUCUAUAUUGACGACACGGGGCUCGAGGCGGCCGGUACCGAGGAUUCGAUCGUCCAGGGGCUCAUCGUUUCAGGUAGCGAGUUGCACAAAGGUAUCAAUCAAAUGAUGGUGGCUGAGAUUGCCAUGGGCAAAGUUGCCAUGGUCUGUUCGUCUAAAGCGAUUGCCUUUAAGUUGCAGCAGCACUUUGGGCCUCUGGUAGGUGCGCCGAGAAGCCUCUCGCAGACUUCUACAACGCAGGAGGUCAAAUACGCGCAGAACCACAGGCUGUGCUUUGACAUUGUUUUGGAAGGGUUGGCGGCCAAGAAGUACUCGGCCUUGGACAAGGGCUGCAUCCUCACCGCUGACGCCUUAGCCGACGGCGCCAUCGACGGCGUAGAUAAGGUGAAGGCUAAUCCCGAGCUUGACCAGCCUCUUGAUGUUGACGAGCUGUUUAAGAGGAAGGGGAACGACUGGGCCGACAGAGCAGCGAAGCUCGGUGCGGCCCUGCACCCCGACGGCACUGAGGUGUUGCAGACUCUAGGGCGCCGCUGCGUCCUCAUCGACUGCAGCGAUGCUUCGUUUGUUUGCAUAUGCCAGUGGUGUGGCAGCUACACGUCAGGUGAGCGCAUGGCCAACCUUGCCAAGAAGUGCGUUCUGCUGGCGUCGCCACACAAGAAUGUGAAUUGGAGGCUUCUCGGCAGGGAGCUCCACCCAAGGCAGACUGGGGUCAAAGUCGACCUGUCCACGUUCUGGCCUCUCGGCGUCCCAGGUCCUGCGGACGCAGGCCCUACUGCGCCGUCUGCUGCCGACGGGGUGGAGCCGGGCGCGGAGAUGGGCGGGCCUGGGACGGGGAAGAUUGGUCCUAACUCCCUCGAGCCGCAUAUUUCGGAGGGCCUCUUCAAGCGGCAGUCGCUGGCGUCCGCCGGGCAGCACCGGAGGCCGUCGCUGGCGCCCUCCGUGGCGCAGCGCGCGGGCGCGGGGCCGGCAGAGGGCGCGCCGCCGGAGUUCGAGGCAUAUGAAAUUGCAUCGGCACCCCUGGAGCGCUGCUGGGGCGGGCUGUGGCGGCUGCGGCGCGAGCUGGGCGGCCUGCGCGGCCGGCUGCUGGCCAGGGACCCGCGGGCGAUCGAGGCGCUGCUGCCGUCGAGGGCGCCGCCGCUGACGCGGCAGGCGCAGCAGGGCCUGUGGUCGGAGCUCGCGGGGGACGAGGUCAACGUGCCGCUCGCCGAGGGCACAGCCCGCCGCCUGGCGGAGCUCUUCGCGGCGGCCGCCUCCGAGCUCGGCAGGGAGGGCGCGCCGCCGCGCGACGCCCUCGCGGCCUUCCGCGCCCUGCUCGCCGCCGCGCAGCAUACGGGCUCCACGCAGAUGGGGGCCCACCUGUUUGCGGAGGUCUUCGGCGUGGCGUGGCAGAGGCAGCGGGACCUCGGGCACCUCGCCUCGAUCCUGCAGGCCGCCGCUGAUGCCGAAGUCGGAGGGCCCGCCGAUGCUGCGGGCGAGGCCGCUGCCGACGGCCGCGGCGCCGGAGGCCCGGUGCCCGGCGCAGUGGAGCCGGAGGUCGAGGAGCAGUUCAUUCAGGAGGCCCGGCUCGCCAGGCUCACGUCGCCAGGCCCGGAGGACGAGCGGCCGGCCCUCGCGCUCGGCGCCCUGUCGGCCGCGCUCGGGGCCAGCGGCGCCGCGGGCGGCCCCGCGGCGGGUGGCCCGCGCGAGGAGUCGCAGCUCGGCGUGUUCGGCGCGCUCGCGGACCUCUUCGCGGCAGGCGCGCCCGCGGCGGCGGGGGAGGUCCGCGGGUAG